UCCAUGAACAAGUAUUUAAAGAGGAGCGCAUUGCAUGAGCAGUUAGACUAAAAAAUUCGUUAAUAUAAUACACAUUAAUAUAAACAUAAUAACAUUAUUAAGAAAGAAAUAGUAUUGAAUUAUUAUUUCUAUUAAGUGGUGGAUCUUACUAAGGACGAUUUUAUAUACAGGCAAUAUGGGGCAAGACCAUCUGUCUUUAAUGAGUUUCAACUCGUCCCGUAGAGGACUCUGCUCCUUGCCAACAUCCCAAAGGAGCCCAUACCUUGAGAAAAUCAUCGUGGCCUCUGCUCCGGACAUCUGCCUAUUGCCCGGCGAUGAAAAAGCUGUUUCCAUGAAUGCCGUGAAGGGAUAUGGACAGUACAAGGUCCAAUCGAACGACGGGUUAGUUAUGUUGUAUAACAACACCAGAGUUAGGAUAAAUAGUCCACAUGUCAGUCUAAACAGCUUUGGGCCAUUGCCUGGACUCGACAUGGACAGCAUGGUGUGCCCUGGUGUGGAAGUUUUGUCAUUGACACCUUCCGGGAACAAGUCGGUGAUCAAGGAAUUUUCGAUGGUGACAUGGAAGUAUACAAUGGUCACCGAAGCCAAGGUUCAAAUCGAGACUCUUGCCGAGAGCUUGAUCUUGUUCUCACAGUGUCUGGCAUGGUCGACGGGAAAGCCAGUUUUAGUUGGAGGGGAACUGACCAUUGACCAUGGAUCCCUUAAACAAAUAGUAGGAAAACUUUGUAAGGAGGGUCAAGAAACGUUUCUUUCAGGAGUACAGCCAGAGAUGGGAAAGCUUGGCUAUCUGCCGUCGAUGACAAAGGGGUCACUUCGAGAUCAGCGUCAUCUGUUCAUGAUGAACGUGUAUAAAUGCAGCAGUGGCACAAACGGCUUUGUUCAGGCGCGGAACGAAGCCCUUGUUGCAGAUUGUUUCAUUGCCUCUAAGGCAUUGGAGCUCACUCAGGCGAAACUUGUUGAUGUCGAGCAGGUUACAGGUCGGCAGAUUAAACUGGAAAUGCUUCGCAAGCACUGCCCCACGGAGACAAGCGUGCACAUUCCGCAGCGACCACCAAGGCACAAUGGGGGCUAAGUGUGAUGUAUUGAAAACCGGAACAAAUAUACAAAAUUGCACGCAGCGUUGGUCUGGACUGAAAGGUGUAUGGAAUUCGUUUUUAUUUAAAGAAUUGAAGAGCCAAUGUGACCAUGGCAAUGAAAGAACAAUGUCAGCGUUUAUGUUUUGUAAUUGGACAUAUCAUUCGAAAGGUCUACUUAAAUGAAAAGUUCAUGUAAUCAUUAAAACGUGUGGUAGCCUCAUGCUAUAAGGCGAUAAGCAAACAUGCAACUCCGAUAAUUUUCUUUGAUGCAAGGCUCACUGCAGACUAAUUGCAACACAGUUGAUGAGUAAUAUUAUCUAAGCACGAAACAUAUAACAAGAGUUAAUUAUAAGAUCGGUCUUCGAAUGUGUUUGACUUCUAAAUGUUUUGAGUUGUUUUAUAAAAGUUAUAGCAAAAGGGUACAGUGUGUAGAGCAAUAUUUUUGUUGUUGAUAUCUUUUUGAAUACUGCACAUACCAAGUAACUCCAAUUAAAUUAUAUGUUUAGACUACCUUUGCCAUACACUAUUUGCUGUAAAAUAGAAAAUCAGGUCAAGCUUUUUCUUAAAUUGAAUAGAAAUAACAAUAUAUCUGAUGGGGAUUAUAUUUUUAACGCAUAUUUCUGCCACUUCUUGUUAUCUGUACAUGUUGUUUGAAAGACUGCUGAAUAUGAUAUAAAAAAACAAGACUUAAGUGUUUAUCAAAAGACCACAAGUAAACAAAAACAUUUCAUUCGAUAGUGAAUGCCGGUUACCGGGAUCAAGAGGUUAACUACCACUUAUAGUUUAGUUUCGAUUUUUUUUCGUAUUUUAUUGAUAUAGCGAUAAGUUUUAAGUUGAUCCAAUUUAUUUCAACAACGUCAUUAGAAAUAUUAGAAAGUAUAAAAAAAGGUUUUAUUCAAAGGCAUCUGCUGAAGCCUCGUUACAUUGAAAACUAUUUGGAUUGAUGCAAAAUGUUUCUUUUUCUUUCUUUUCCAAAUCAUGUUAAAUCACCUGACAAAUGAAUGUUUAUAUAUCGAUAUGACUAAAUUUAAUGACUUAUUGUUUUGUAAUCUGUAUCAGGUAUAUUUUGUAUAUUGUGUAUAUUGACGAUGUACUUUGUAAUUCCAAAUCAUGUUAAUUCACCUGACACAUGAAUGUUUAUAUAUUGAUUUGAUUGUAUUUAAGGAUGCUAUGUUUUGUCAUUUGUAUCAGGUUCAGAAUGUCUAUUGUGUAUAUUGACUAUGUACUUUGUACACGUAUAAAAUAAACAUCGCUGUCUUUC